AUGGAACAAGGGGAAGAGCCAUGGGUGCCCAAUCUCCAGGCCUGCGAGGAAAGAGAGAUCCCGAGAGGCGCCCACACAGGUGAUGAGAGAGUGAGUGAGAACGAGGAGGGGAAUCAACAGCAGGAAGUUCCUGGGCACGGGGAAUUAAAGGGGACCUCUGUGGGAAGACCCCAUAAGUGCUUAGACUGUGGAAAAAGGUUCAUACGGAAGUCACACCUUGUUUUACAUCAGCGAAUCCACACAGGAGAGAGACCCCACAAGUGCUUAAUCUGUGGGAAAGGUUUCAUACAGAGGUCAGACCUUGUUAAACAUCAAGCAGUCCACACUGGAAAGAGACCCCAUAAGUGCUUAGACUGUGGAAAAAGUUUCAUACAAAGGUCAACCCUACUUAAUCAUCAGGCAGUCCACACUGGAGAGAGACCUCAUAAGUGCUUAGACUGUGGAAAAAGUUUCAUAGAGAGGUCAACCCUACUUAAUCAUCAGGCAAUCCACACUGGAGAGAGACCUCAUAAGUGCUUAGACUGUGGAAAAAGUUUCAUACAGAGGUCACACCUUGUUGUACAUCAGGCAAUCCACACAAGAGAGAGACCCCACAAGUGCUUAGACUGUGGAAAAAGUUUCAUACGGAGAUCACACCUUGUUUUACAUCAGCGAAUCCACACAGGAGAGAGACCCCAUAAGUGCUUAAUCUGUGGGAAAGGUUUCAUACAGAGGUCAGACCUUGUUAAACAUCAAGCAGUCCACACUGGAAAGAGACCCCAUAAGUGCUUAGACUGUGGAAAAAGUUUCAUAAAGAGGUCACACCUUGUUGUACAUCAGGCAAUCCACACAAGAGAGAGACCCCACAAGUGCUUAGACUGUGGAAAAAGUUUCAUACAGAGGUCACACCUUGUUGUACAUCAGGCAAUCCACACAGGAGAGAGACCCCACAAGUGCUUAGACUGUGGAAAAAGUUUCAUACAGAGGUCACACCUUGUUGUACAUCAGGCAAUCCACACUGGAGAGAGACCCCAUAAGUGCUUAGACUGUGAGAAAAGUUUCAUACGGAGGUCAACCCUACUUAAUCAUCAGGCAAUCCACACUGGUGAGAGACCCCAUAAGUGCUUAAUCUGUGGGAAAGGUUUCAUACAGAGGUCAGACCUUGUUAAACAUCAAGCAGUCCACACUGGAAAGAGUCCCCAUAAGUGCUUAGACUGUGGAAAAAGUUUCAUACGAAGGUCAACCCUACUUAAUCAUCAGGCAAUCCACACUGGUGAGAGACCUCAUAAGUGCUUAAUGUGUGGGAAAAGUUUCAAACGGAGGUCAGACCUUCUUAUACAUCAAGCAGUCCACACUGGAGACCGACCUCAUAAAUUCACACAAAGAUCAAAUCUUAUGGCACAUCAGGCAAUCCACACAGGAGAGAGACCCCACAAAUGGUUAGACUGUGGAAAAGGUUUCAAACAGAGGUCAAACCUUCUUAUACAUCAGGCAAUCCACACCGGAGAGAGACCCCAUAAGUGCUUAAUCUGUGGGAAAGGUUUCAUACAGAGGUCUGACCUUGUUAAACAUCAAGCAGUCCACACUGGAAAGAGACCCCAUAAGUGCUUAGACUGUGGAAAAAGUUUCAUACGAAGGUCAACCCUACUUAAUCAUCAGGCAGUCCACACUGGAGAGAGACCUCAUAAGUGCUUAGACUGUGGAAAAAGUUUCAUAGAGAGGUCAACCCUACUUAAUCAUCAGGCAAUCCACACUGGAGAGAGACCUCAUAAGUGCUUAGACUGUGGAAAAAGUUUCAUAGAGAGGUCACACCUUGUUGUACAUCAGGCAAUCCACAUAGGAGAGAGACCCCACAAGUGCUUAGACUCUGGAAAAAGUUUCAUACAGAGGUCACACCUUGUUGUACAUCAGGCAAUCCACACAGGAGAGAGACCCCACAAGUGCUUAGAUUGUGGAAAAAGUUUCAUACAGAGGUCACACCUUGUUGUACAUCAGGCAAUCCACACUGGUGAGAGACCCCAUAAGUGCUUAAUCUGUGGGAAAGGUUUCAUACAGAGGUCAGGCCUUGUUAAACAUCAAGCAGUCCACACUGGAGACCGACCUCAUAAGUGCUUAGACUGUGGAAAAAGUCUUCCGCGAGACCUCUCGGAGCUGCCGGUCUUCUACCAGGACCUCCUCUGGACCUGGAAACUUUUUUCGGUGACCAGGUCCGUUGUGGCCACCGAGGGCGCGGACCUCCUCGCGGAGCCCCUGCUACACAACCCCGAUCUCCGUGUGCAGAUGGCGGAGUCUCCCUCGGUGCGCCGGAGGUUGGUCCUGGCAGAAACCACCAGGGUCGGAGACCUCCUGGACUACGCCAGGGGGGACUGGGUGGAUCCCCGUGAGCUCGGCCGGCGCAUGGGGCUCUCCACCCUUUCGACCCCCCUGCGUGUACUCCAGGAGGUGGGCGCUGCCUUGUCACCCCCUUCUCUCAGCUUCCUGUGGCGGGCCCUGCGAGAGGGCGCUCCCCGCCCACCCCUCACCCCGGGCCCUCCAGACCUUUUUAUCGGGCCCCUGUUCCGCGAGCCCCCCCGGCUUCCCUGCUCCCAUACUCUGAGCCGGCUGCACGCCCUGCAGCCGGUCCGGUUCCGAACUGCGCCCAGAGACCACCUGUACACGCUCGUGCUCCACACGCUGCAUCUCCUCACCCUCGCGUCCCGCCCUGACACCAAAUGGCGGGACUACUUACUGCCUGUGGAGGAACCUCUUGAUGAGUUCUGGCUGCACUUUUCCCCACACCUGUUCAUUUACACACACCCUAUCUGUGGCCCCACAAAGUCGCGAGACCUCCUCGUCAACCUCCUCCUGGCUUUAGCCAAACUCACCAUCUACAAUACCAGGGAGAGGAUGUUGGACGAGGGGGUGCUCUGCGACUGUGGGGCCUAUUUCCGUACCUCCCUGGUCUCACAUCUCCGGGCAGAGUUCCACUGGGCAGUGUCCGCUGGCUCCCUUGACACCUUUGAGGAGCAGUGGGCGCUGUCCGGGGUUCUCUGCUCGGUGUCCCCAUCCGGCACCCUGAUUUUGAACCUUUGA